AUGACAGCAGUGCCACUAAUGCUGCUGCUGAUGUCAAUGUUACUGAUGAUGACGAAAUUGACAGCAGUGCUACUAGUGCUGCUGCUGGUGUCGCAAUUGUUGAUGAUGACGAUACUGACAGCAGUGCUACUAGUUCUGCUGCUGGUGUCGAUGUUGCUGUUUAUGACGACGGCAGUGCAACCGGAAAUGUCGAGGCGGCUGCUGCUCCUCCAGGAGAGUGCUCGUGUCAUUCGCCAAAGAGCCAGUGAUACUGUUGGAGAAGAAGAAGAAGAAGAUAAUAAUGAUGAUGAUGAUGAUGAUGGUGAAACACUAGAAAACAGAAAGGUCCGACGAGUGCAGUUGGUGGUACCUGAACCUAAGCGUCUCGUGUCACCGCAGAUGAAGCCGCUCGCCGAGGAGACGCUUGCAAGUGUCUCACGGGACCAAGAGCGCGACGGGCACUCCGUCAGCCAAGGGUUCUUCCCUUACUUGCAAUACUCGCGCCUCCCAUGGACGUUUCCGUUUCAUUCCGGAUAUCCGGGAUUCCAAAACGGGUCGGUUUAUCCAUUUCCGGGAGUACCAGGAUAUCCACUUUCGGGAUUGACGGACGCUUUUCCAAGAUUGCCGUAUGAUUAUCUGCACCAUUUCGCCAUGGGAUUUCCAAUUCCAAGACCCCAACUUCCAGUUCCGCCAUUCGCAGGAAUUUACCCACCAAGUUUCGAAGGCGUAUCUGCCCCAUUUCACAAACUUGAUCUUGGUCUCUCAACAACUGAGAAAGUUGAACUCAACGAAAUUAGAGAGGUUUCAAAAAUAGUGACAGAAACUGAUGAGAAACUAAUUGCAAACACAGAUUUACCAAGUCCGAGUAUGUCCACCACAAACGCGGCGUCAGAAAGCGAAAUUGAGCAUGAUCAUGAAGAAAAAUCACAUAUUCAAAAGGACCCUCCCUACGAAAGUUUUAAGUACCAGUGCAGUGACUGCGGCAAGUCGUAUUCCACGGUCAGCGGUCUCUCGAAGCAUAAGCAGUUCCACUGCAAUCACGACAAGAAAGACUUCGCGUGUAAAUACUGCGACAAACUGUACGUAUCGCUAGGCGCACUGAAAAUGCACAUACGGACGCACACGUUACCCUGUAAAUGUAAAAUUUGUGGGAAAGCGUUCUCGCGACCUUGGUUACUUCAAGGUCACGUUCGGACGCAUACAGGUGAGAAACCGUUUUCCUGCUUCCACUGCAUGCGCGCGUUCGCGGACAGGUCAAAUCUUCGCGCGCAUUUGCAGACGCAUUCGGAAGUGAAGAAAUACAGCUGUAAGUCAUGUAGUAAGACAUUUUCGCGCAUGUCUUUGUUGUUGAAACAUGAAGAUUCCUGUAUGCGUUUAUGACGUAAUGACAUUGUAAGUUGCGACAGUAUUUAUUUAUAUUAUGGCGUCAUAAUUAACAUUAUUUAUAUCUAGUGGUUUUUUUUACAAACGUAAUAUAUCAAUAUUUAUUGUUUGGGUUUAAUUUUGUCUUCCAGUAUUUUAAAAGACCAUUUAUUGAUAUAAAUGAUAUUAGAGCGAAUGAUUAUGCAUGCAUACAUGUAUCAUCACUUUAUUUGUUUUGACUGUUCAAAUUGGUUCAUGCGAAUUUGAUAUUAGUAUUACCAGAUCAGAAGUUACAUAUUGAUUUAAUAUUGACCAUCUAUAGUACUGUAGGAAUGUUGCGUUUUCGAAGGUUUUUUUUACCAACUAGCUAACACGAGUCUCACAUCCUUGAUUUUGAACUCAUGUUUGAAAUACUGCCAUGUGCAGUUAUUGCGGUAUAUUUUGGGAUGCACUCCGAUAAAAAUGUAUU